UCAUGAGUAGACUAACAUUUCUCUUACACAAACAUUCUAGGCUUAUGUUAGUCUGCAAAAACAGACUAUGUGGUAAAUGAAAUAGUUAAUUACGUUCAUAUAAAUCAGGGUAGUGAUGUAAUCGGAAGAAUUUGCGUAAAACCGUAUAAAGCAGAGGAACAGGAGCAAGUGGUUGUCAUAGUUAAUGUGUAACAGGCAGGUUGGCCUGAGAGUGCCGGACGAUUGGAUUACAGGCUGUGAGUAUUAAACACACUUCUGAACUUGGGGAGUUCACAGCACUGCAGUCAGUGUGCAUAUUUGUCUAACUGUAACAGCUGACAGUUUUGCAAGCACACCCACGUGAGUGCAAGGAUGUCACACACAAUGGGUGCCAGUAGUUUCCCAGAGAUAAUCAGGCGGAAACGGGACGGUGGUCAGCUGAGCGCAGAGGAGAUCCACGCCUUUAUAGAAGGAGUCAAAACAUGCAACAUUCAGGAGAGUCAAAUAGGUGCAAUGCUUAUGGCCAUAUGGCAGAAGAACAUGGUUGUCGAGGAAACUAUGGUGUUGACGAAGGAGAUGAUGAUGUCGGGUGAAGUUUUGCAAUGGCCUGAGGAAUGGGCGGGGCUUGUCGUGGAUAAACACUCGACAGGUGGGGUCGGAGACAAGGUCAGCCUUCCACUGGCCCCUGCUCUGGCUGCUUGUGGGUUCAAGGUCCCUAUGAUAAGUGGACGUGGACUGGCACACACUGGAGGCACACUGGACAAACUGGAGUCCAUCCCAGGUUUCAACAUCCACCUGUCAGUAGAACAGGUGAAGCAGAUACUACAGGAUGUAGGCUGUUGCAUUGUGGGUCAGACAGAGACUCUGGUACCUGCAGAUCGUGUCCUCUACGCUCUCAGGGACAUCACGGCUACGGUUGACAGUGUCCCACUUAUAACAGCAUCAAUAUUGUCAAAGAAGGCAGCUGAAGGUCUAAGUGCACUCGUGUUAGACGUGAAGUUUGGUAAGGCUGCUCUCUACAAAGACCUGAACAGCGCUCGGAGCCUCGCCCAGUCACUGGUUACAGUGGGAAACAGCUUGGGUAUAAAAACAGGGGCGGUGUUGAGUCAGAUGGACUCUCCCAUUGGCCGAUGUGUGGGAAAUGCUGUAGAGGUAUAUGAAGCUUUGGAAUGCCUCAAAGGGCGUGGCCCUGACGACCUGAAGAACCUGGUUACAUCACUGGGUAGCUACCUGCUGCAGAUGAGCGGCCGAUCAGCUACUCUGGAGGCUGGGCAGAAGGCAAUCAGUGAGGUCCUGAUGAAUGGGAUGGCCUUGCAGAAGUUUCAGGCCAUGCUGGAAGCCCAAGGGGUGGCUACACAUAUAAGCCGAUCCCUUUGCUCAGAAAAGGCUGAAUACUUUAAGCACCUAAGGCGUGCACAGUACCAGACAGAGCUUGAGGCACCGGAUGAUGGCACAGUUUUGGGAAUAGAUGGUAUGGCCCUAGCCACGGUGUUGCACAAGUUAGGAGCAGGCCGUGUCAGAGCUGGGGAGCCGAUCAACCACAGUGUGGGGGCAGAGCUCCUGGUAGACCCGGGACAACAGAUAAAGAGAGGUCAGUCCUGGAUCAGAAUACAUCACGAUUGCACCACACUGAGCUCAAAGCAGCACGCUGACCUGCAGGGGGCUUUGGUCAUUGGCAGUGGAGAUGAUUACCAGGACAGUACUCAAGUGGCAGAGUUCAUCCAACCAAACUGAUGUCUCACCUGACACAGCCAUCUGAACUUGGUGCAAACAAAGUCUGAUUAAACAGUAGAAUAAGUUGCAUAAGUAUUCACCCCCUUAAAAUGUACUACAUUUUUAGUGUUACAGCCUGGAACACUAAUGGGCCUAACUGGGGUUAGGUUUUUUUUAAAAAAGGUCUGAAACUUUGAAUAUCCUGCAAAGAACACUUAUUAUAACAUAGGAAACAACCACAAUUCUGCCUAAAGGGGGCGGUCUACCAGGGCAUUAGUCAGAGAAACAAUCAAGAGGCCAAGGAUAACUUGCAACUCGUGAUGCUACCAUCACCAUGCUUCACUGUAGGGAUGGUGCUAAUUCCUACUAUUUCCAGAGUGUAACCCUACAAAGGUUCAAUAUUUACACAAGCCACUGUAUAUUAUUGUGGGUACAAUAGUGAGAGAGGCUGCAGAGAGAGUGAAGGAAAAUUUGUAAAAUGACUAUUUAAGUAUGUAUGUAUAUUGAGAAUAUAUUUUGUGAAACUCUUUAAUUUUACAAGAAUAGUUCUGGAAGGUUCUAAAAUUAUGAAUAUGAAU